AUGGAAAGUAAAAGGUCUUCAAGUGAACAUCUAUUGGAGAAACCUGUUGGCUUAUGGUGUUUACUUCACCUUUUCCUCGAACUCCAUUCUAACUCUGAAGAAAAUUUGCCUGUCUACUCUGACAGACUUUCAACUCUGACUCCGACUAUCACCAUUUUCGGUGAUCAUCGACUCACCCGCCAGCCACCAGCCUGUCGACCACCCAUCCACCGAUUAGGAUGGACGGCAAAUGCGGUCACUCUUCCUAUGGAUAUCUUGAGAAGGUUGAAGGGAAAUGUUGUGAAGACUGGAGGGAAGAUCUACGUCUCCAAUGGUGCCUUUGCAUGUCAAGGCUGCAACAGUUGCCUGCACAAAUCAUGCGCGGUUAAAAUGUGUCGUGAUCUGUCUCAAGACAUUACUCACCCCCUCCACCUGCAGCACCGACUUUUUCUAGUAUGGAGUCAUUUGGAUUUCAUUUGUGAUAAAUGUUUGUACAUAUCUGCUGGCUACAGAUACAGAUGUGUUUCCUGCUAUUUCCGACUUGAUUUCGCCUGUGCUUCUUCGGCCAGUGGUGAGCUUCCUAAAGAUGAAGAUCCGCUGAGACUUCCCAGCAAAUGUGAUCACUCUUCCUAUAGAUAUAUUGAGAAGGUUAAAAAGCCUGAUCGUAAUCUGUCUCGUGAGAUUACGCACCCCCUCCACCGCCAACACCGACUUCAACUCGGAUGGAGACCUUGGGGUUUCAUCUGUGAUAAAUGUUUGUAUAUAUCUGCUGCUGACUACGGAUACAGCUGUGUUUCCUGCGAUUUCAGACUUGAUCUCGCCUGUGCUUCUUCGGCCAGUGGUACUGAGCUUCCUAAAGAUGAAGAGCCGCUGAGGUUUAAAGAUGGGAAGAGAAAGACAAUCCAGCAUUACAGCCAUGCUCACAAGCUGAGCUUCUUCAAAUAUAGGAAGAUACACGAACAAGACUUGGAUUGUUUCUGGUGUGAAAAGCAUCUAUCGGUAGUGUGCUAUGGUUGUACAAAAUGCAGGUUCUAUCUUCAUUCCGGAUGCAGUGAUAAGAUACCAAGGACACUUGCUCAUCAUUUUCAUAUUCCUGGCCACACUCUUCGCUUAAGUUCUACCUUAGCGGUUGCAGGGGAUUGCUUUGCUUGUAAAAGAAGUAUUUAUUAUUCUAAGCUUCGGUAUAUUUGGGAGAAGUGUAUCUUCCACCUUCAUCUUGAAUGUGCUAAACUCUUGCCCACCCUAAAACUUGCCUGCCACCCUCACCGUCUCGCUUACUUCAGAGGUACUUCUAAGUUGGAUUGCCGUACCUGCGGCAAGCAUUGCGGUGGUGAUGAUAGUAUUUGUCGUUGUGUGCAAUGCGAUAUUAGUUUCCAUCUAAAAUGUGUUGUACCAUCCGAAGCUACAUCAAAGUAUCAUAAGCAUCCACUUAUCCUAACCAAAUCGGUCAAAGAAGAUGAUUCUGAUGAAUUUUGUUGCGAUGUUUGUGAGAACGAAAGGGAUCCGAAGCAUCCUGUGUAUUACUGUCAAAGUUGCACAUUUGUGGCUCAUAUUCAAUGUCUACUCCCUGAUGUUGAUGAGGAUCAAAUUACAUCCUCCAUGGAAACGAGGAAGCUUUGUAUGAGAAGGAAAUGGAGCAGAAUGAAGGGAGUAAUGGCAUCCACGCUCUGUUUCGACCUAUCAUCCACAAACACCAAAUGUAUGAGGUAACCGAGGAGUUGAAAGGCGAUAAAUAUUGUCGAGGUUGUCGUCUGGUACUUGAUGGUCCUAGCUACUGUUAGAUUUGUCU